AUGGCCAGCAGCCCGCAGGCCUAUGAGGUCUUUCGAGCACAGACCGUCAUCGACAGCCUCCCUCUCAGGAUCGAGUCCCUGGCCACCUACCACAAUCGUCUGCUCGUGGGCUCGGACGAUGGCUCCAUCCUCGUCUACACCAUCGAGGACGAGCCCGAGUUCAGCAUCAAUCUCGUCCAGGUCCUGCAGGGGUUCGCCAAAAAGUCCAUCGACCAAAUCGUCCCCAUUCCAGAGCUCGGCUGCUGCUGGGUGCUCUCAGACGGCGCCGCAUCGGUCUACGAGCUGGGCACCCUCUCGCUCAUUGCUCCGCUCCCGUCAGCUCGCGGAUGUAGUCUCGUUUCGAUAUGGAGCCCCCCAACGGUCGAUCGAGGAACCAGCGAGCCACUGUCCCGGCUCUCAACCGGCCUGGUGCAAUCGCCGCGAGACCUUGCUUCAGUCGGGCUGGAGGAAGCCUCCUUUGCUCCCCCGUCGACGAGCGAGCCCGGACGGUUCAAGGCUUGUGUCGUCGUGAAAAAGAGGCUGAUUCUGAUGGAAUACGAUCGCAGGUCAAGAUCGUGGCUCGAGGUUCAGUCGCUCGCCACGGCCGACCGAGUGCGCUCGAUGAUGUGGAUCGACGGAGACAAGAUCGUAGCGGCCCUGCCCAAAUCCUUCGUCUUCAUCAAUCUCCAAACGGGUGCCACGGCCGACAUCUCGUUGCAGGUCGGCACGGCCGGCCGCAACAACCGCCCUGCGAUGGUUCGCAUCUCCGACAACACCAUCCUGGCAUACAACUCGGAAGGUUCCAAGACAAUAUUCAUCAAUCUGGACGGAACAGGUCCGCCGAUCAGCUUCCUGGAGUGGUCUGCAUAUCCCGAGGAGCUCUUCUUUUCGUCUCCUUAUGCGAUCGCACUCACCUCUGUCGGCAUCGAAGUCAAGAGCACAAAGUCAGGGCGCGCCGUGCAGACGCUCGAUUCAUCAACCGGCUGUCGACACCUCGCCAUCGGCGACUCCAUCUACGUCGCCAGCUCGACUUCGGUGUGGAGACUCUUCAUGGUCGACUUCGAGGAUCAGAUCGAGGACCUGAUCGUGCUUGGCAAGCACCAGGCCGCCGAGCAGCUGAUCGAGGAUCUGGAGUUUGCCUCUCCGGAAGAAAAGAAAGCAAACAUCGUCCGGGUGAGGGCGCUGCAUGCCUACCACAUGUUCGCUGUCGAGAAAAAGUACAAGGAGGCGAUCGAGAUCUUGGAGCAGCUGGAUGCCUCGCCCAUCGACGUCAUCAACCUGUUCCCUGACCUCGCCGUCGUCGACCCUGACGAUGAGCCAACCGAAACUGCGCCCGAGUCCGACCCCAAAGCUCUCGAGAUCCUGGUCAUCUACCUCACCGGUCAACGAAACAUUCUGUCCGAGCUCAAGAACAAUCUCGAGGGCCGAUAUGCCGUCGUGUCAGAGCCCCGCCGCAAAGACUCGCUCCGGGCCGAGCUGGAGGAGACCCUGUAUCUGAUGCAGCUGGUCGACACGACGCUGCUGAAAGUGUAUCUGGCCAUCAACGACGGCAUGGUUGGUCCCCUCAUGAACGUGACAAACAGCUGCGAUGUCGAGAUCACCGAGACGCUCCUGCGUGAUGCAAAGAAACUCAAAGCGCUGUUGGAUUUUUAUCGGUCUCGAGGGAUGCACCAAAGAGCUAUGGAGUACCUCACUGCCGAAAUCCAGUCCGACGACCCUCAAGUCAAACUGCGCAUGUGUUCAGAGCUUGUCGAGUACCUGCAGCGCAUCAAGUUCGAUCAACUGGAUCUGAUCCUCGAAUACUCCCUUCUGGUGAUCCAGAACGCCCCCGCGCUGGUGGCCAGUAUAUUCGUCGAUCGGUUCGAUGAGGUCACCCUAGCCCAGGCGUCCAAAAUCCUGAUCCACCUCGACCACCACUCGCCCGAGUCAUCGCUGCCGUUCCUGAAGCACAUUGUUACCGACAUGGACAUGCGGUCCAAAGACUUGCACAAUCGUCUGGCGCUGGGAUAUUUCAACCAGCUUGCUUUACUUCGAAAGCGAGCGGCAGACCAGGAGAAUCAUGACCAGACACUUGCCGCGAGCGAGUCGAAUGAAUGCGAAAAGGAUCUCGUCGAAUUCCUGGAAAAGUCCGACCUAUACGCACCCGAGCUCAUCCUCCGACGGAUCCCAGACGACGAUUUCUUUGAGGAGCGCGCCAUCUUGUUCCGCAAGCUCAAGAGAUACCCAGAGGUCCUGAAGAUCUAUGUCGAAAAGCUGAAGAAGUACUCUGCUGCCGAAGCGUUUUGUGAAAAGUACUACAACUCCCACGACGAGCACAGCAGAGAGGUCUUCCAUCACCUGAUGAUGCUCUACAUUGGCCUGACCAGCCGCGGCGAGAUGGACAUGGAGGACGUUGUCCAGUAUGUGAAGAAAUACGCACCCUAUCUGCACGUCGAGGAGGUUCUCAAGGUGCUUCCCGAGUCGCUCAACCUGGCGGAGAUGAUGGGCUACUUCUCCAAGGCCCUCCAGAGUGUCUACGAGGCCUGCCAUGCCAGCCAAAUUGUGAAAAACGUGCAUCUGGCCGAUCGCCUUCAGAUCCAGGAGCAGUUGUCGUACUACCAGUCCGGAAAAGUGUACAUUGAUGACGAUAAGAUGUGCCAGUCGUGUCUGAAGAAGAUCUCGGGCUCGGUAUUCGCGCGGUAUCCAGACGGGCUUGUGGUGCAUGUCUACUGUGCCCGCGAAGCCGUCUCGGAGUGA